AAGAUGCGGCGGGCGCCGGCCCGGCCAUUCGUUCGUCGUCCUCGUCCACAUCAUCCUCGCCCGACGCCAUGGCUUCCUCUCCGCUCGCACCGCCCCGGACCUACUGGCCCCUAGCGCCCAACCUGCCGCCGCCGCCGCCGCCGCCUUGUGGCUGUCGCCCUCCUCGCCGCACGGCUGCGGCCGCACGCCGGCCCCUGCGCGCGCGAGCCAGAGCGACGAGUCCUGGCGCCGGCUCGCCCCCCGCGGCGACGCCGACGGAGGAGCACACCAAGCGGUGCCUGAGGUGCGGCGGCCUGUACCGGGACGAGGAGAACCACCCGACCGCCUGCGCCUUCCACGGCCACGUCACAGGUGAGAAGGGGCUGUUCUCGCUGUCACCGCCGCACCAGGGGAUCGACGGCGAGUGGAGCGACAGGAGCGGGGUCAUCGUCUACCGCUGGAACGAUGAGGGGAGCCGCCCCAGCACCGGCCGCGCCAACUGGAAGAAGCGCUGGAGCUGCUGCCAGGAGCGCGACGAGGACGCGCCGCCGUGUCAGCGCGGGUGCCACGUCUCCUACGACGACGGCCACACCCUCUUCUAGCUCUCGCUCUUCUUGGGUGUCAAUAGAAUCUUGUCAAGUCACUGCUCUGUCGAGACGGCAAUAAAAUCUUGUACUAUACGAAUAAGAUCACAAACUUCUCUGAUGUAAGUUAUUUCUUGUUUAGAUCUUACUUCAA